CACGCCUUUUACACAGAAUCUUCAAAAUAUUAGAGGACAAUGCUACAUUAUGCCUUAGUAUAUGUAGCAUAUCAUACCAGCAGAUGGCUUCCAAGGGAUCAAAGGUUAAAAUAUCAAAUUAUUAAUGCUAUCUUUGUGGCACUAGUUCUCUUCCCUCAAUUGUAUGUGCUAACCAGACCCAAAUCAUCUCGAUUCUGCCACCAGCCUCUUCUGAACAAUCUCACUGCCUUUAUUGUCUUAUCCUUCAUGGCUACAGGUUUUGCGGUCACAUUCACACUGAUGGAUCCAGUGCCACAGAGAUUCAGGGCAGCCUACCACGCAUUUGGACUUCUGUCAUUCGGCCAGGGACUGUGCACCAUGGCCCUGACUCUGACGGCACAACAGUGUGUGAAAACAACUCCGGAGCUGUACUAUUUGUCCAGUAUUCUAUCGUUAGCUUGUAUCCUGAGUACUGCCUUCUUCUUGAUGAAAGGAGGACUCUGGGUAACAACCCAAAGGCUAUCCUUGCUUGGCCAGAGAGGGAACAAUAUCUAACAAGUCCAAU